CCCGGUGUAAUUCAGAGCGACCUGCUCACACUUCAACAUCCAACCUAACUUUUAUGAUGUGCGAAACAACACUCACCUCAAGAACCAGUCUGAUAUGUCUGGGGUGCUGUCGCAGACUUCUUAGCCCGAAGUCACACCUGGGAAAUUCUUGCUUUUGUGCACACUGCGUGCCACAGGGUCUGUCCACUCGUGUCUCUUCGUUUCUUUGUUAACGCACAACGUGUAUUGCUCUUUAGACAUGAUAAUGUGUUGUCAUACUUCUAUUUUAUGUCUUUGUCUUUUGUUAGCUAAACUUUUCA